ACAGGCACCCCAUGCUCUAGACCUCUACUUCCCCCAGCUGCUGCUCUGCCAUGACCUUCAGAGUCGUGCUCCUCCUAGGUGUCCUGGCACCUUAUCAUGGAUUCAACCUGGAUGUGGAGGACCCCAUAAUCUUCCGAGAGGAUGCGGCUGGCUUUGGGCAGACUGUGGUCCAGUUUGGCGGAUCUCGACUUGUGGUGGGAGCACCCCUGGCGCCCGUGGCAGCCAACCACACUGGGCAGCUGUACGCCUGCACGUCUGCAGCGGGCAAGUGCCAGCCCAUCCCCUUGCGCAUACCCCCAGAAGCUGUGAACAUGUCCCUGGGCCUGUCCCUGGUGGCCUCCACCAACCACUCCUGGCUACUGGCCUGUGGCCCAACUGCACACAGAGCGUGUGGAGAGAACAUGUACGCACAGGGCUCCUGCCUCCUGCUGGGCUCCCACCUGCAGAUCAUCCGAGCAGCCCCCGUGGCCCUGCCAGAGUGUCCAAAUCAAGAGAUGGACAUUGCCUUUCUGGUUGAUGGCUCUGGCAGCAUUGACCAAAGUGACUUUCAUCGGAUGAAGGGUUUUGUCAAAGCUGUGAUGGACCAGUUCAAGGGCACCAACACCCUGUUCUCCCUGAUGCAGUAUUCAAACAUCCUGAGGAUCCACUUCACUUUCACCCAAUUCCAGAGCAACCCAAGCCCUCAGAGCCUGGUGGAGUCCAUCGUACAACUGAAAGGCCUGACGUUCACAGCGGCAGGCAUCCUGAAAGUGGUGAAAGAAUUAUUUCAUAGCAGUAAUGGAGCCCGCAAAAGUGCCAAGAAAAUACUCAUUGUUAUCACAGAUGGGCAGAAGUACAGAGAUCCCCUGAACUACAGUGAUGUCAUCCCCCAGGCAGAGAGAGCUGGGAUUACCCGCUACGCCAUCGGGGUGGGAGAUGCUUUCCAGGAGCCUGCUGCCAGGCAGGAGCUGAACACGAUCGGCUCCGUGCCCCCACAGGACCACGUGUUCAAGGUGGACAACUUUGCAGCCCUUGGCAACAUCCAGAAGAAGCUGCGGGAGAAGAUUUUUGCAGUAGAAGGAACCCAAUCAAAGACAAGUAGCUCCUUCCAGCACGAGAUGUCCCAGGAAGGCUUCAGUGCAGUUUUCACAAUGUCCCUGAGCGGGGGCCAGGACCUCACCCAGGACGGACUGGCGGACCUGGCCGUGGGAGCCCAGGCCCAGGUGCUGCUGCUCAGGAGUCUGCCUGUGCUGAGAGUGGGGGUGUCCAUGAGCUUCACCCCUGAGGAGGUGCCCAAAGCAGUGUACCGAUGCUGGGAAGAGGCACCCACCAGCCUGGAACUGGUGGUGGCCACAGUCUGUCUCACGGUUUUUAAAGGCUCUCCUGACCAGCUGGGUGAUUUCCAGAGUUCUGUUAGUUAUGAUCUGACAUUGGACCCUGGCCGUUGGAUUGCUCGUGCCAUUUUUGAUGAGACCAAGAACUGGACUCUGACUAGAAGGAAAACCCUGUGGCUUGGGGAUCACUGUGAAACCAUGAAGCUGCUUCUGCCAGACUGCACAGAGGAUGUGGCGAGCCCCAUCAUCCUGCGCCUCAACUUCUCCUUGGUGAGAGACGCUGUCUCAACCCAGAGCCUUCACCCUGUGCUGGCUGUGGGCUCACAAGACCUCUUCACUGCUUCUCUCCCGUUUGAGAAGAACUGUGGGCAGGAUCACCUCUGUGAAGGGGACCUGGGUGUCAGCUUUAACUUCUCAGGCCUGCAUACCCUCGUGGUGGGGAAUACCCUGGAGCUCAAUGUGACAGUGACUGUGUGGAAUGAGGGUGAAGAUUCCUAUGGAACUGUGAUCAGUUUCUAUUAUCCAGCGGGGCUGUCCUAUCGACGGGUAUCAGGAAUACAGAAACAUCCACAUCAGCGCCCACUGCGCUUGGCGUGUGAGGCAGGGCCCACUGAGAAUGAGGGCUUUUGGAGCAGCAGCUGUAGUAUCAACCAACCCAUCUUCUGGGAGGGCACUAAGAGCACCUUCACAAUCACAUUUGAUGUCUCCGACAAGGCUACCCUGGGAAGCAGGUUGCUUGUGAGAGCCAAUGCAAGCAGUGAGAACAGUAAGCCUGCAACCAGCAAGACGACCUUCCAGCUGGAGCUGCCAGUGAAAUACACAGUGUACACAGUGAUCAGCAGGCAGGAAGAAUCCACUAAGUACUUCAGUUUUUCAACUUCUGAUGAGAAGAGUGAGAGAGAGGCUGAACACCGAUACCGUGUGAAUAACCUGAGUCAGCGGGAUCUAGCCAUCAGUGUCCGACUCUGGGUUCCCGUCCUACUGGACGGCCUGGCUGUGUGGGCCGUGACUCUGACGGCCCCUUCACAGGGUCUCUCCUGUGAGUCAGAAAGGCAAUCGCCUCAGGGUUCUGACUUCCUAACCCAGAUUCCAAGGAGUUCUGUGCUGGACUGCUCUGUGGCUGACUGCCUGAAGUUCCACUGUGAUGUCCCGUCCUUUGGCAUCCAGGAAGAACUUGACUUCAUCCUGAAGGGCAACCUCAGCUUCGGCUGGGUCAGCCAGACACUGCAGAAGAAGGUGUCGGUCGUCAGUGUGGCUGAAAUCACAUUCAACAGGUCCAUGUAUGCCCAGCUUCCAGGGCAGGAGGCAUUUCUGAGAGCCCAGCUGAAGACAGUGCUGGAGAAGUAUGAAGUCCACGACCCUGUGCCCCUCCUGGCGGGCAGCUGUGUGGGAGGGCUGCUGCUGCUGGCUCUCAUCACAGCCUCACUGUACAAGCUUGGCUUUUUCAAACGUCAGUACAAAGAAAUGCUAAGUGGAAAACCUGAAGACCCUGCCACAUUCAGUGAGGAAGAUGUCAGCUGUGAGGGCCCAGAUUUGCCUCUGUCCUAAUAAUCCACUUUCCUGUUUAUCUACCCCCAUCAGCUGAUCUUGUCUCUGUAUGUUUCUACUUCUAUGGGAAGACUUCUGCACAGAUCUGGACUGGUCUGAGAACCCUAUCUAAUGCUAAGCCACCUGCUGGGGCAGUUGAAAGAUUUUUAUAUUUCUACAAAUCUGUCAAACUUCUUCAGUGAUGAUCUUUUUUAUAGGAGCAGGCAUGAUGCCAGCAUAAAUUUUCAUAUGGAAAAAAACUGUCACACAAAACGAGGAUGUGAUGUCAUAUUUUUCUUGCAUGGAAGAGCUCUAGCCCAGGGACCUCAGUGCUGUUCUGGGAAUCGUUGGGGGAACCUUCUUGUGGGUAUAGAAAAAGUCUUUUCGCUUUCUCAGGUA